CAGUGAUUCAGAUCCUCCGGGAACACCUGGGUCUCCUGACGCUGGCGCUGGGAGGAGGGUGGCCUCUGCAGGUGGAGCCUUCUCUGGGUGAAGCCCCUUGUUCCUGAUGUGACUCCCCACCCACCGCCGGGUGCCCCAAGUAUGGCUGACACCAUCUUCGGCAGUGGGAAUGACCAGUGGGUCUGCCCCAACGAUCGGCAGCUGGCCCUGCGUGCCAAGCUGCACACGGGCUGGUCUGUGCACACCUACCAGACGGAGAAGCAGAGGAGGGACCAGCACCUCAGCCCCACAGAGGUGGAGGCUAUCCUGCAGGUUAUCCAGAGGGCCGAGCGGCUGGACAUCCUGGAGCAGCAGAGAAUCGGGCGGCUGGUGGAGCGGCUGGAGACCCUGCGGGGGAACGUGAUGGGGAACGGCCUGUCCCAGUGUCUGCUCUGCGGGGAGGUGCUGGGCUUCCUGGGAAGCUCCUCGGUGUUCUGCAAAGACUGCAGGAAGAAAGUCUGCACCAAGUGCGGGAUCGAGGCCUUCCCUGGCCAGAAGCGGCCACUGUGGCUGUGUAAGAUCUGCAGUGAGCAAAGAGAGGUCUGGAAGAGGUCGGGGGCCUGGUUCUACAAAGGGCUCCCCAAGUAUAUCUUGCCCUUGAAGACCCCUGGCCGAGCUGAUGAUCCCCACCUCCGGCCUUUGCCCGUGGAGCCAGCCGAGCGAGAGACUAGAAGUUCCAAGAGCAGCCGCGUCUACACCUGGGCCCGAGGAAGAGGGAUUUCCAGUGACAGUGACAGUGACUCGGAUCUCAGCUCCUCCAGCCUAGAGGACAGACUCCCACCCACUGGGGUCAGGAACCCAAAAGGCGACAAACCCUGGAGGGAGUCAGGUGGCAGCAAGGAGGCCCCCAGGAUGGGGCUCGCCCGCCCGCCCCGCCGCCUCUCUGGGAGCCAGAGCAGCCUGGCCAGUGAGACAGGGACAGGCUCUGCUGACCCGCAGGGCACCCCGCCCCGGGCUGAGCUGAAGGGCCCUGGUAAAAGACACACCUGGGCCAGCCCCCGCUGCUGAUGCGGUUCCAGCAGGACCCUCCAGCUGCCCGGGCUGAGGCGUUGGGUGCCUGGACAGACUUCUCCACGGAAGAUUCUGGAGAAAGCUGGAGCCAGACCCUGUGAGGCUCCUCCCGGACGAGUCCCUGUGCCCUCGCCAGCCACCCUGUUGCCCACGAUGCAACAAACCGGUGUUGGGAGCUAUCUGCAUCCCCACCCAGUGCCUUUCUGCACCCCUUCUCUCCUGGGGGCCCUCGGCAUCUGCCACCCCUCCCACCGCUGCCCUCAACCCCAACCUUAUUUAUUAUCCCCGCCCCCACACCCCAACCUACCUUGUAAUUAUUGUAAGUUUGCUUGGGUCUUGGGUUGGGCUGGGGUGUGGGGGACUUCCCACAUGCAAUGUCAGAGGGGCAGCCAGGCGGGGCGUUCUCCAUUGCUAUAUUAAUGGCAAGAUGAAAUGAAACCUAGGGCAUGGCCUCCGAAGCUGCGUGUGGCCCUUAGAGGUGAGCACUGGAGCCAGAGCAGCGCCCACACCCCCCUCCCUUCAGCGGGGUGUGAGAUUCACCCACCUCUCCCUCCCUUCAGCGGGGUAUGAGAUUUGCCCACCUCCCCCUCCCUUCAGCGGGAUGUGAGAUUCGCCCACCUCCCCCUCCCUUCAGCGGGGUGUGAGAUUUGCCCACCUCUCCCUCCCUUCAGCUCUGGGAGGCAGGAGCAGGGCCCCCCUCCCUUGGGCUGGCCCAGGACUGCAGGUGAAACCUGGCAUUGUUAGGUUUCUUUGGUUUUCGUGUGUUUGUUUCUGAGAUGGAGUCUUGCUGUGUCGCCCAGCCUGGA